AUGCCGGACACAAUCAUGUCCAAGGAGCCCAGUUCCAACCUGGAGAGUGCCAUGCAGAUGCUCAUAAAGACCUUCCACAAGUACUCUGGGAAGGAAGGCGACAAGUACACACUGAGCAGGGGUGAACUGAAGGAACUGCUACUAGAGGAGCUGGGGAGCUACUUAGGGAACUCCAAAGAUAAUGAAGCAGUUGAGAAGGUGAUGAACGACUUGGACGCAAACAACGAUGGGGAGGUGGACUUCACUGAGUUCAUCAUCCUGAUGGGCGCCCUAACAGUCGCCUGUAACGACUUCUUCCUGGAGUUCAAAACAGAUGAGAAACCAAAAGACGGCGAGUCGGCAGAGAAGAAAGAUUGA